AUGGCAAGCAAAUUUGUUCGCGUGCCAGUGCGAUUGGCAACAACAAAUUGCACCAUUUCGAAGGCAUUGGCCCGACAGCCACCGACGGUGCGUUUGUACUGCAGUGCCACCGGUCCAUCCGGUCCCGUCAAGAGCUAUGUGAAAACGUGGUGGACGACCAAACUGUGCACUUGGGCACUUGUCGGAUCAAUUCCGAUCGGGUUGGUAUACCCCAACCGGGUCACCGAUGUCGUGCUAGCUACCACACUGGUAGCCCAUCAGCAGCUGGGACUGUCGGCCAUUGUAAUGGAUUACGUUAACCCUAGAGCCCUGGGCGGUUUGGCGAAAAAGUCCGCCCAAGGUACGGUUCUGAUCUUGUCAGCUGCUACACUCGGGGGUUUGCUGCACUUAACGUUCAACGAUAUCGGGCUGAGCAAUACGAUUCGAAAGAUUUGGACCGUGAAGCCGAAGGAGCAGAGAACUCAGUAG